UUUUUUUUUUUUUUGCUUUAGCAUUUACUUCCAUCCAAUCACUGAUCUCAUUUUUGGUGACUUCAUGGUGCCCCCACUGUGAGUCAUCCAUUCAUACCUGGAUUUGUAACAGAAUCUCAGAGUAUUUAUAAUGACAGAAGGACUGUCUGUGAGCACGUUGGCUCCAAAAGUCAAAUGAAACACAGCAGGAGCAAGAGCACGAGGCAAGGGAUCGUAACACUGGAGCUCAAGGAUAAAUCAUGGACUCUGCAUACAUCCCACAACACCUGGACGUCCACCAUGCUCCCUGCUAACCUCCUGCUCCUCAUGGUCUUGCUGCUACCUCAAGCCUCGUCUGGUCGCCAGGGUGGAGACACCAGUGAGACUAAUCAUGGCAGGGCCUCCCCUACACCUCCCUCCUCGCCCCUCACAUCAACGCUCCCUGACCCCAGCCUGGCUCAGAGCAUCCAGAGCCUCCUCCUGAGCCGACUGGGCCUGCAGUCCCAGCCUGAUCCGCRUCCCGGCGUCCCGGUGCCCCGGUACCUCCUGGAUCUUUACCGGUUUCACCAGCAGCAGUAUCAUCUGGUGGAGGACCCUUCAUUCAGCUUCCCCAGGCGGCAYGUCGAGCAGGCCAACACUGUACGCAGCUUCCACCACAACGAGCCUGUUGGAGACAGUAUCAAAGCAAACGAUCGCACGAGAGUGCACAUUUCCUUCAAUAUCUCCUCCAUACCUCAAGAUGAGACGGUCCUCUCCGCUGAGCUCCGCCUCCUCCGCAGUGACAGAGCUUCCCUGGGCCCAGGGCCUCACCGAUUAAACCUAUACCUCUCCAAGCACCAUGAAGAUCCUGAGCCCACUCUGCUGGAGACCAGGUUACUCACCAAUGGCCUCCACAGUCACAAACCCAAUGGGUUUUGGGAGGCUUUCAGUCUAGAUGCGGAUCUCCUCCACAGGACCCAUGUUGGGACUGGCAGCUUGGGUUUCCUCCUGGAGGUCAGACCUGAAAACAGAACCUCUUCUCCUCCUGACCAGAGCUUCUCCUCUACUGCGGGCGAGGAGGAGGAGGAAGGCAAACACAAAGACGGACACCUGAGGGUGUGCAGGUCUGUGGGGCAGAAUGAUCACAGCUGGGCCCAGGAGAGACCCCUCUUAGUGACUUACAGUCACGAUGGUCGUGGAGCGCCUUUAGUCAAACACAGCAGGAGAAAGUCUGGUAAUGAGCGCUGGAUAAGAGGAAGAAAAGGGUCCUACAGGGCAAAGAACAGCAGCAAGAGCCACAAGAAAGACCAAGGCUGGGGGAGGGCCAAAAAUGUAGGUUAUUUUAUGCAGGGCUUGGGGGGUGAAAAGGGAAGAUUCGGCUGGAGUGAGCGUGGAAGAGUGAAAAGAAACGGCGGUCACUCUGCCAAACUGAAGCGUCUUUCCCGUGGCAGGUGCCGCCGCCAUCCCUUGUAUGUUGACUUCAAUGACGUGGGCUGGCACAAGUGGAUCAUCGCGCCCAGCGGCUACGACGCCUUCUUCUGCCUGGGGGAGUGCCGCUAUCCUCUGGCCGACCACAUGAACGCCUCCAGCCAUGCCGUGGUGCAGACCAUGGUGAACUCUGUGAACGGAGCGGUGCCUCGGGCCUGCUGCGUUCCCACCUCGCUCAGCCCCAUUGCCCUGCUCUACCUGGACCACCAGGACCGAGUGGUGCUGAAGAAUUAUCAGGACAUGGUGGUGGAGAGCUGCGGCUGCUGGUAGAGGGCUGGAAGACUCGGAUCAGGAACUAAAAUGGAAGGAUUAAAAGAAGCUGCAGAGACUGAAACAGAAGCAGCAGAGAGCUGAGUGUCGAGGACGAAGCAGCUAAUUUAUCAUUAACUGGAGCAAGAGGUCAAACAAGAGAAGACAACUGUUGGAUGACUGAAAGAAUCGACCACGGGACAGAACAGAUGACUGGACGACAGGGAUGAGGAUGCAGACAUGCGUUUCAGAAGCAAACUGCCAGAUUAUUAUUUUUUUAUUAUUAUUUUGUUUUUCCCACAUUCUGCAGCACUCCGGGUGUUUACAUCAUUGACGAAUAGCCUCUUAGCUCUCAUAUUAAAAAAACAAUAGUUUAAAUCUGUUAAUUGGGGUUUUACAGAAAAGGUUAUAAACAAUUAUCUCAUCUGUUGUAAAUAACUAUUGAAAUAAGCUCAGUUUUAAGAAAAUGAGUUUAAUUUUGACGAAGUAAGGGAACAGCUAGUUUUUACUUACUUAAAAACAUUGCUUGAAUGUUAACAUGCCAUGAAGAAAAAGCUAAUUAAAGAGCAAACCUGCUGUUUUUAGCAUUUUAGCAGUUAACUCAAGCCAUGCCAAAUUCAUAACAAGCAUUAAAUGAGUUUUUGUACUGUAGUUCCAGACAUAUAACCGUACUUUUACUUUUGAGCACACAGCGGAAAAAGUAAAAACUAAACAAUUUGUGAUUUUUACUACCACUAAACCCAUAUUAUUUAUUCUGUAGUAGCAGCAGCUUGCUGUAGCACGUCCUGCAGUAAUAUCAGAACAUUUUGCCAGAAUAACUACUUAACGCAAAACUGACAUCAACAUAAAAUGUUAUAAAAUAUAAUUUGCACAAAUUGUUAAAACUAUGUUCAUUAGAUUAGAGCUGUUAUAAGAUCAAUCCACUCAAAAUUAAACUCUUUUUUUCAAACAGAAGCUACAACAGGUAAUAUAUUAGUUGUUUAUACCUUCUCCACAAAACCUCACUUCAGAAGAUUUGAGCUACUGCUUCAGAACUAAACGCUUUAAAACCAGAAGACUCGUAUUUAUGUUUGUGACUCUGUGGCGACCAGCAGUGCACAUCCAUAUCUGCUUCGCUUUUGUGGAAAACUAAGUCGUAAACAGUCAAAGGAGUCACUGUAGCAACACGUGCUAAGCUCUGGUGCAGCUUCAGAAAUUAUAUUUUUGUCUUUCUGGUGGACUGACAGCGUUAGAAAUAUGACAACGGCACCAGCUUGGCAUUCAGACAUUUUAUUCUUCAGUAUUUUAAACUAAAAAGGGUUCAUCUCUUUCUUUGAAAGCUAAUAUAAACAGACUGUAACUUACGAGCAACCACUACACUUCAAACUAUUUAAAAACAAGAAAAAUAAUGCUGAGGCACUAUUAUGCUAUUAUUUGAAUGUACUACUAUCGUUAUUAUUUAAAAAAAGAAAGCAUUUUGUAAAUUUAUUUUGCUGACAAGAAGAAAAUUCGUGUAAUAGUUGUCUUGUGAUUUAUACAUAAAUCAGCUGAACUCUAAGUUAAAAGUUAUGUAUUUUAAAAAUAACAGCAAUAUGGUGUAUUUAAUCUUUAAAUAUUUAAGAUGCAUUCACUCAUCAACUGCAAACUUAAAGUCUGCCAUGUACACAAAGUAAAUUAUGUUAGCAUUAUUUCCCUACAGAUGUUAAGUGUAUUAAAUUAACAGUGUUGCUUUACAUGCAUUGUGGCGUACAGCAGCUGAUAGCAGACUUAAGUGGUGUUACCUCUAGAAACCAAACUAACACAUCAGUGGAAAACUGUGUAUCGUAUGCUGAAGUGUGUAACCACAGUGUCUUUGCUGUAUUUGUUGUGUGUGCCUGUGUCAAGACAAUAACGGGGGAAAGGUGAAAAACUCAGACUUCAGUGCCUUUCAAUGGGGCUUUAAAGGUGUUCUCUGCUGAGCUUAGUGAAUGUUUUUCAGUGAAACAUAUAAGCAGCAGCUUGUAAAAUGUUUGCCAAUAUACCUCUAAUAAACAGACCAAACAGCAGAA